AUGGUAGCAGUAAAGAAAUUAAGAGUGGAAAUUGGGAUGACGAGUUUGGAGCUUUUUCAAGAGAUUAAAUGCAAUCUGGAGCAUAACUCUUUAUUUAUUAGCAGAGUUUAUGGCGUAACAAAAGAUCCAUCAACAAAAGAAUAUGCAAUCGUUAUGCAAUUUCAAAAAAAUGGUGAUAUACGACAGUUAAUGCAAAAAAAUCAUCAGCAAUUAAAUUGGAUAAAAUCUCUUGGAAUAUGUAAUCAACUGAAACCACUGCGUCCACCAAUUCCAAGUUAUACCCCAAAACAAUACAAAGAAGUAAUGAAGAAAUGCUGGAAACAUAAUCCAGAUGAUCGUCCAACUGCAAAGGAGUUAUCCCAACUAUUUUUUGAUUGGUAUAAAAUUUUAAAGGGCGAAUAUCCAAAAUAUAAUCCAAAUUUAUUAAAAUCAGAUAUUGAAGAAGAAUUCAAUACAAGCAAAGAAAAAGAAUGGAAAGUACGAUUAGCUAAAUUAGCCGAAGUUUUAUCGCCUUCAAAAGAAAUAAGUCAACAAUACACCAGCAGACGUCUCGAUUAUUCCAAGAUGCUUUCACAAAGACUACAGGAAUUAUAUAAGAGCGAAAAAAUAUAUGAAGUAGAUACAUGUGAAGAAGAUAACUAUGAUGACAGCAAACUGAUAGAUCUUGUAAUACCAUAA